UCUUCCAGAUGACUCGGUAGAUCAAUAUAACUGCAUGAGCUACGCUAACAACCAUGCAAACCUGACCAAAAACAUAGAUGGUGCUCAUACAGAGGAUUUUCGCAUUCUUUAGGGAGCAUUUAGGGAACGCCUUUUCGUCAAAGCGUCACUUUGCCGUGACUCGAUCAUCUUCAGGUUUUGCAGUUGUACUAGUAGCAGGGUGGAUCCACACAUCAGAUGUUGAUGACCGGUUGUUUCUCAAGAUCAAUUUGCAGGAGGUAUCAUGGCUGGUAAGGUAAAAUGGGUGACUGACAUUGAGAAAUCUGUGCUCAUCAACAACUUUGAGAAGAGAGGAUGGAUACAGGUCACAGAAAGCGAGGAGUGGAACUUUUACUGGAUGAGCAUCCAGACCAUACGGAACGUGUUCAGCGUGGACACUGGUUACCGCCUGUCGGAUGACCAGAUGGUCAACCACUUCCCCAACCACUAUGAACUGACCAGGAAGGACCUGAUGAUCAAGAACAUCAAACGUUAUAGGAAGGAGCUGGAGAAAGAGGGCAGUCCUCUGGCCGAGAAGGACGAGAAUGGGAAACACAUCUAUUUAGAUUUUGUGCCUGUGACGUUCAUGCUCCCGUCCGAUUACAAUCUGUUUGUGGAGGAGUUCCGGAAGAGUCCGUUGAGCACGUGGAUCAUGAAGCCUUGUGGGAAGGCCCAGGGGAAGGGCAUCUUCCUCAUCAACAAGCUGUCACAGAUCAAGAAGUGGUCCAGAGACAGCCGCACUUCCACUGUUUUAUUUCUUAGGUUUGUGGCGGCCUCUAGUGGCAAGGAGGCCUAUGUCAUCUCCUUGUACAUCGACAACCCACUAUUGAUUGGAGGCAAGAAGUUUGACUUGCGUCUCUACGUACUGGUGACCACCUACCGGCCCCUCAAGUGUUACAUGUACAAACUGGGCUUCUGUCGGUUCUGCACCGUCAAGUACACCCCCAGCACCAGCGAACUGGACAACAUGUUUGUGCACCUGACCAACGUGGCCAUCCAGAAACACGGGGAUGACUAUAACCAUGUUCAUGGCGGUAAGUGGACAGUGAGUAAUCUACGAUUGUACCUGGAGAGCACCAGAGGGAAGGAGGUCACCAGCCGACUGUUCGACCAGAUCCACUGGAUCAUGGUCCAGUCCCUAAAGGCAGUCGCUCCUGUGAUGAACAAUGACAAACACUGCUUUGAGUGUUAUGGGUAUGACAUCAUCAUUGACGACAAGCUCAAGCCUUGGCUGAUUGAGGUAAACGCCUCCCCGUCACUGACCUCUAGCACAGCCAACGACCGUAUCCUGAAGUACAACCUCAUUAAUGACACACUCAACAUUGUCACUCCUAACGGGGACAUUCCUGACUGCCGCUGGAACCGCAGCCCACCUCGAGAGGCCCUGGGCAACUAUCAAGUCCUGUAUGAUGAGGAGCAGGCGAUGAGCGAGAACGCGGAGCGGGACCUGCGGAGUCGCUCCGGUCAAUCCCUGGGGUCCAAGGGCACAAAGGGCGGCGCCGGCCUACGACCCACAGCUGCCACCUGGAAGUGAAAUCACCUCUCCAGGGGUCACCUCCUUGGUGCACUUUCUGUUGGAUUGAAGGGGCAGGGUGAAGUUUAAGGGUGGGGAGAAAGAACCACCCAGACUAUGUCUCCCCCCCCCCACCACCACCACCAGGGAAGAGUAGUCCUCAGCCUUGCUCAUUCCACUGACAGACACAUAGUACCCCCCCCCCUCCCCCAAUACACACACCCCCCCCCCCCUCCCCAAACUUGCUCCAGCCUGCAUGACAUCGCACAACACACACAUACAACUGAGGGGGUGAGGGGUUUUGAGGGGGUGCAGUAUUGAGGGGGUUACAGUGUGUGUGCAGUUGUGUGUGUGGCUGUGUAAAAGGGAUACAAAAGAGCGAGAGAGUGACAGAAAUACAAAGUGCAGAGUUACUGUUGGCCUGUGGCUGAGAACAGGUGAACAGGUGACCAGAGUGUGAGUCUAUGUACAUCAGUCCAAAAAAGUUAGCAUCUGGGAAGUAGAGAAAGUUGAGACUCAGUUGCAACUAUGCAUGUCUAAGGACACUUUCACCAUUCUGUAAGCCUGCUCAAGACAGAGUAAAAUAGCAGUUAAGGCAAGAUAGAAAAUGGAAUAAACAGAUGUAGAAUUGGUGUUAUUGUGUUGCGUACAUUAAAACUUUCUCGAACUGUUAAGCAACCCAUGUAGAAAACUGGACUGUACACAAAAUAGCAUUUACUGUUUCAAUCUUUUAUACUGCGUUAAAGGGGAGGCUUUUUCAGGAUGACUGAUGUGUUUACAUUUAAAGUUUAAUCACAGUUUUUUUAUUUCUUAUUUUUAAUGAAUUGGGGAAUACAUACUGCUAUGAUGUAAACAGUGACUACCCCAAUGCUUUGAGUAUUUCAGAGCUUUCCAGAAAAUGUCUACAAUGUACAUGCCUAUUUUUGUACAGUUUGUUAUAGGUAGAUGAAUACGUCUCUGUAACUCCCUUGUAACACUUGGAAUCCUUCACCUGGAAAUGUGUUAUUAUUUUGCU